AUGGGUGAUGUAAUUCGAGACCGGAGGAAGCCGCGCAAGGCUAUCUAUUGGCAAUGCAUGCGAGCCUACAUACUGCUGCAAUGGUUGGCGUUGGAAACACGUCAAGUGCUGCAGGGAGUCAACACUUUUCACAGCCUCGCAGGGAUGCCGUCCCCUGCGGAUAAGCGCAAGAUCGUGAAGAAGCGCACGAAAAAGUUUCCGCGCUUCCAGGCAGAUCGUUUCAAGCGUAUGAACCCUGCGUGGCGCAAGCCACGAGGCAUUGACGGGCGCGUGCGAAGACGCUUCAAGGGCUCGACUCUCUGCCCAAAGAUCGGAUACGGCUCGGACAAGAAGACCAGGUUCCGCCUGAAGAGUGGCUUCUACAAGUUCUUGGUGCGCUGCCCAGCUGACCUGGAAAUGCUGCUCAUGCACAACGAGAAGUACGCCGUGGAGAUCGCGCACAACGUCGGGGCCAAGAAGCGCAAGGAGAUUGUGGAGCGCGCAGACCAGCUGCGCCUGUAUGUCACGAACAGGAAUGCUCGCCUCAGGACGGAGGAGAAUGACUGA